GGUUACGAGGAUAAGUACGACAUCUAUAGUUGAUUCGCGAUCACGCCCUCUAUAUGCGUCGCGGAUUGGAGAAACAAUCGAACAUCAUCGUUUACCAGUCGUGUACGGUAUCGCAUCGCGUAGAUCCAGGUUCGUUUGAAAAUUUACCGUGUCCUUGUAGUUCAUUUCCUAUAUUCCUUAUAUACGUUCAAUUUAUACGUUUUGUGAAAUUCAUGCGAAUACGUAAAACGGUUCGCACGCUUCUAUUGCAAUAGAAAGUAUACGGUGUAAACGAAGAAACCUAACCAAAUCGUGCAAAAUUCUCGAGGAGUUUGGCAGGGAUCGCGAUCGUCUGAGCAGUCUGAAUUCGGUUGAUCCGGAUCUUUCUCUCCCCUCCCCCAGCCCUACCUGUCGUUUCGGCCACGAGAGCUCAAGGGACACCUCGGCGACCACCUCGACGAUCCGGAGGGCGAGCAAAUAACGUGGAUGGACGUAGCUGCCAAUUCGCCCCGUCUCUCGUUGCGUGAAAUUAGCGGCGAUCCGAUCGAUCGAGAUGGACGAGACGGAAGCGAAGAGCGAGCCUGAACCCGAUGUUAAAUCCAUCGAAUGCGACGAUCAGGAGGAUGCACCGAUCACGACCACGACGAAGAACGCGUUGAUAACGACCCAGUUGGAUCCUUGCGACGUUUACCCGCAUCGCGUCAAGGUGUCGAUCGUCGGAGUAGGGAAGAUCGGGAUCGCCUGCGCCAUCGCGAUCCUGAUGAGAAGGAUGGCGAGCGAGGUCUGCCUGAUCGACCACGACGCGAACAAGGCUUCCGCCGAGGCCGAGGAUAUUCAACACGUCGGUUUUUUUUUGGGAUGCCCACUGGUAACUGGCACGUCAGAGAUCAGUACGGUGAAGGAAUCGGCCGUGGUGAUAAUUUGCACGCCGGAGACGCAGCCGGGCGAGAACCAAAACGUGAAGCACAACCUGAAGGUGUUCAAGAAGAUAAUACCGGCCAUAGCGAGAUUCGCGGCAAAAUCGGUUCUGUUGAUCGUGACGCGGCCGGCCGACGUGAUGUCCUACAUCGCGUGGAAGCUGUCGGGAUUCCCUUCGAACCGCGUGCUCGGCAUCGGCACGCUGAUCGACUGCGCCAGGCUUCAAGAUUUCGUUAGCAGACGAUUGAACGUUGCUCGAAGCUCGGUCAGUUGCAUGACGAUCGGCUCCCAAGGAGACAUGGCUGGUAUCUCUCUUCUCCCUCCUUUCGAUGGAUCGAGUCGGUGCUACCCUCCCCCUUUUGCAGUUCCUCUGUGGUCGAGCAUCUCCGUGGGCGGAAUGAAACUUCGGGACAUAAACUCGAGAAUAGGGGAACAGGACGAUCCCGAGAAGUGGUACGAAAUCGAGGAGAACGUGAAGAGCGUCGGGAAGGAACUCGAGGAGAAGAAAGGAUCGUGUUGCUGGGGCGUGGCCAUUUCAACGACGGAGAUCGUCGACGCGAUCGUUAGGAACACGAAAGUCGUGCUCCCCGCGUCAACGCACAUUCUCAGUUGCGCCCACGGUACGGACAAGGACGUGUACAUGUCCGUGCCCUGCGUGAUCGGUCGCGAGGGUGUCUACUGCACCGUGCGGCAAAAGUUGAGCGAGCAGGAGAAGGCCGCGGUGCAGACGUGCGCCGACAACAUUCGAAACAUUUUGCGGGAGUCCGGCAUCCUUCAGGAGAACAACAACAACGAGACGGAGCAAUGAGUAAGGA